CUAAUCUUUUUUAAUUUCGGCAACUCCUUGAUGAUCUGUGUGUCAUCCUUUGAUUCUCGAAGUUCGACGACUGCCCUAAUUGCACGCUCGUACCCGUACCUUGAAGGACAAAACGAGAGGUGAGUGUACUGUUGGAUAUUCUUACAACAUCACAUCAACUCAUCAACACACUGUAUUCUCUUGGACGUCGAGAACACAACUGAAAACAUGAUGUGGAGAAUAUCCGCGGCAUUCAUUGCCACUCUAGCYCUCGGCAACAAUCAGCAUACGGCGGAUGCCUUCACGGCACCAUUUUCUAGGGUUGCUUCGAAGGUUUCGACUUCCUUGCUUCAUGAAACCRUUGAGAAGGAAGCGACAGCAGCAAAACCUGAAACCAAGGAAGAUGACAAACCUUUCUUUAGCAACAUUAUGGCUGCUAACCGCGCCGAAAUCGCUGUCCGAAUCAUGCGAGCAGCUACCGAAAUGAACGCCGGAACAGUCGGUAUCUAUGUCAACGAAGAUAGAUAUUCGCAACACAGAUGGGGUGCUGAUCGAUCCUUUUUGUUGGAGAAGGAUGAUGAAGCCACGCCAAUCUCUGCUUAUCUCGAUAUCGAUCAAAUUAUCAAGAUCGCAAAAGAUGCUGACGUCGAUGCUAUCCAUCCUGGAUAUGGUAAGGAMCAGUUUCAUGCCAUUUAUCAUAAUUUGCGACUGUGGAAAGUUUUCAAAACUCCCCGGCUCUACCCCCCAUUACUCACCUUUUUUGUAACGUCAACGAAUUCAUCCCUCAGGAUUUCUUUCGGAAUCGCCCGAAUUUGCACAGGCCUGCUCUGAUGCCGGAAUUGUGUUCGUUGGACCAACUGUUGAGAACCUGAACCGAUUCGCUGACAAAACAUCGGCUCGGCAAGCGGCUAUCGAUGCUGAUGUCCCGGUUGUUCCUGGAAGUGAUGGUGCACUGAAAACCACCGAGGAAGUCGUUGAAUUCGUCGAAAGUAUCGGUUUGCCUGUAAUUAUCAAAGCCUCUAUGGGAGGAGGUGGUAAGGGAAUGCGAGUUGUUCGCACCAUGGAAGAAUUGGUCCCUUUUUUUGAAUCUGCUAGUUCCGAAGCCCUUGCUAGUUUUGGUGAUGGGUCUGUCUUUAUUGAGCGAUUCGUCGAUCGCCCACGACACAUUGAGGUACAAAUCAUCGGUGAUGGAACCGGGAACGUUGUUCACUUGUGGGAACGUGAUUGUUCAGUCCAACGCCGUCACCAAAAGGUCAUCGAAAUGGCUCCUGCCUUUACUUUGCCCGACGAGUUGAGGUCGAAGCUCCACGAGUAUGCURUCAGGUUGACUUCUCAAGCCAAAUACAAGAAUGCCGGAACUGUCGAAUUUUUGGUUGAUUCCGAACUGCGGCCGUACUUCAUUGAGGUUAACCCCAGAAUUCAAGUUGAACAUACUGUCACAGAAGAGGUUACGGGUAUUGACUUGGUCCAGGCACAAAUGAAGAUUGCCGCUGGAGCAUCAUUGGAUGAUGUUGGUCUCGUCCAAGAAAACAUCUCUGCGCGAGGUGUUGCCAUUCAAUGUCGUGUCACAACAGAAAACCCAGAACGUGAUUUCGCUCCUGAUACCGGUACCAUUUCAUUGUAUCGUAAUUCGGCAGGUUGUGGAGUACGAAUGGAUGGUGUCGGWUAUUCUGGUCUGAAAAUCACGCCGUACUUUGAUUCGAUGAUCGUAAAGUACACAGUCCGAGGAUCGAACUUCAAAGAAGCAACUGCCCGAAUGAGCCGCGUGUUGCAAGAAUGCCGAAUCCGUGGUGUCAAAACCAAUAUUCCAUUCYUAAUGAAUUGCCUCGAACAUGAAGAUUUCAAGAACGGAGAGCUCACAACGGCAUUCAUUGACGAACAUCCUGAACUGAAGCAGACCUCGACUUCCUACUGGAACUUUGCGAAUGAAUACCAAGCUGACCCCUUGAAGUUGGGUUCUUCGGAASGCCGUCUUCGCUACCUGGCCAACUUGGCAGUGAACGGACAUCCAGCUGAGCUUGGUGCUGAUCCCGCCAAACUAGGUUCUGGAAUUACUACCGCUAUUAGUUCUCCGCUAAUUCCCCCUUCCACUACGGAGAAGAGAAGUUUGCGCAGCAUUUUACUAAACGAAGGACCAGAAGGGAUGGCGAAGGCCGUUCGAGAUAACAAGGGACUCAUGAUUAUGGAUACUACUUGGCGUGAUGCGCAUCAAUCGUUGCUUGCCACUCGUAUGCGAACACAAGAAUUUGAAAAUUGCGCUGAAGCCACGAAUGAGGUCAUGAAGAACGCGUUCUCUUUGGAAAUGUGGGGCGGUAAGUUAUCAUUUUGUUCCAUUUCCAACCUACUGCGCGCACUUUCAUUCUUGUUAUUCAGCAAUUCUAACGUUGUGAGGACAAAUGAUUUUUGYAAAAACCAAUAUUUUAGGAGCUACAUUUGAUGUCGCUAUGCGA